AUGUUGUCAAAACCGAGCACCACUACAAGUUCGGUCAAGAAGGGCAACAGGGAGCACUAUGCCACUAGAUACAAGCGAGAGAUUGAGGAAGAGAAGAACAGGAACCGUUUGAUGGUGGAGUUUUUGCAGAUGAAAGGCAUGAUGACAGAGUUCCAUCAGCGCACCGCAGUUGAGACGUCGCCGUUUCCUUCGGCGACCACUUCUUCAGCAGGACAACAAGACGAACAGCAGAACGAUGACAACGAGCAACAAGGGUCAGAUGACAACUCCAACGGUGAAGAUGGUGGAAACGAUGACCCAGACGACAGCGACAGUGGCGAUUUCUUUGACACCAAGGAGGACUUCGUCAUCUACCUUCAGUUGAAUGCAAUCGGCAUCCAUAUGACCAAACCGUUCCAUGUCAAUCCUUCGUGGCAGUUGAAGGUUCUGAAGUGCCUUCUCUUCAACAACUUCAAGGUCAAACCGUCGUGGGUUCGUUUUACAUCGUUUAGCGGAAGAGAUUUACAUGACCAUCUGACUUUCACUACCAACGGUGUCAAAGACAAGGAUGUGCUACUGCUUCAAGUCUGCGGGCGAGGAGGUGGCAAACGCGGUCAAUCAGGUGCGGUGAAGCGUAGCAAGGAAGCAGAGUUGAAGGAGCUGAAGGAGAAGAUUGCUUCAAAGUUGUUGCGUCUGAGCGGAACCACCUGCCUGUCCCCUUCAAUUGCCAAUGCUAAGAAUGAGGUUGUCGGCAUUGCAAAGUUGUUGGAGGAAGACCCAAAGCGCAUUGUCUCCCUGAUUUUGGACAAGAUGGACGCGACUAAGAUGAAGAGGUUGUCAAAAGAGGUUUUGGUUUGCUCAACACGUGCCACCGAGAGAACCCGAAAGUCCAGUGAGAUUGUCUUCAAGGAGUGCUUUGACAGUCUAGACGAACUUGACCAUCAGAGGACUACUGUAAUCGCGCUUCUCCACGAGAUGAUGCACUACUGUUUUGUGGUGCAGUUUGGUGAUAAUGCUUCGAACAUCUCUUGGUCUGACUUCUGCGAGUGUCUCACGGACUUUCUUACCAGUGAAGACGCUGACGAAGAUGUCGGCGUUGCUAGUUUGGGUUUUGGCAACCUUCGGAUGUCUUCCUAG